CAAUAGUGUUACGAAUUAUUAACUUGAUUUGUUACAAUCAAUAAAUUAUUAAAACAAUUUCAAUCAUUAGUUUAUAGUUAUGUCAUUCCGUUUGGGUCGUAAAUCAAAAUCAUCUGCUGCUUCUCAAAAACAACUCCAAUCAUCUGCUGCUCCUCAAAAACAACUCCAAUCAUCUGCUGCUCCUCAAAAACAACUCCAAUCUUCUGCUGCUCCUCAAACACAAGUCCAAUCAUAUGUUGUUCCUCAAACACAAGUCCAAACUUUACUUGGUGAUGGAAUGCUUGCUGAUAUCUUGCUAUGGAGAGACGUGAAAUUAUCUGCAGCAACAGUUGUUGGACUUUCAACGGUUUGGUUUUUGUUUGAAGUGGUUGGAUAUAAUAUUGUUAAUCUACUAUGUCACGUCCUCAUAGCACUUAUGCUCAUUCUCUUUAUUUGGAAAUAUUUAGCUAAAUUUUUCCCGGGGAAAGUUCCUGCCAUAUACUAUAUUGGAAUCACAGACUCCAUCUUUAGAUUCUUUCAUAAACAAAUCAAUUUGUUGAUAAAGAGAUGUUAUGUCAUUUCAAUUGGCAACAACCUCAAGCUCUUCUUCAUGACUAUAGUUGCUCUAUGGUUGGGGUCUAUUAUUGCAAAAUUCUGCAGCACGGUCAAUCUACUAUAUACCGCAUUUCUGUGUCUGGUGACACUUCCAAUUAUCUAUGAGAAGUAUGGGAAGCAUUUAAACUUGAAUAAAUUCUUCAAAUCCUGAAGUUCUCCCUAAAAUUCAAAGGAAUUUGCGAAACAUAGAUGAUUUUUAGAUAUUCUUUGUCACACAUGAAAUAAAAUAUGUACUACUCUCUUUAAUUUGAUCUGUUUUUGUCAUAAAUUGACUACAAGCAUAUUUGUUUCUUGAAUUAAGUAUUUAAAUAAAUAAUAAUGCUUGUAAAAUCUAUAUUUAGUAUGGACGAGUUUGUACUUUGGAGCAUAUACAUAA